AACGGACCCAUUUCAGCUGAAUAUCCUUUUGAUGUUGAUGUGUGUUUUGUGUAAAUGAUGCUUCAUCCUUUCAUGAAACUGUUGAACCUUUAAAGUUGUGAAAUGUUUCAGAAUAUGCAGAUGAUACUCAACUCUACCCAGGUCUCAUAUUUUAUACUCGGUGCUUACUCUGACAACCCGAUUCUUAAAGACUGUUAUUUCAUAAUUCUUUUGAUUGCAUACAUUGUCAUUGUGAUCUCCAAUGUGUUUCUGAUUGUGCUUAUCUGUGUGAACAGGAGCUUACAUGAACCCAUGUACCUGUUUCUGUGCAGUCUGUUUGUGAAUCAACUCUAUGGUAGUACUGGGCUGUUUCCAUUCCUUCUGCUUCAGAUCCCCAGAGACGUUCACACUGUUUCUGUUCCGCUGUGUUUCCUGCAGAUUUUCUGUGUCUACACUUACGCUACUGUAGAAUUUGCCAUCUUAUCCGCCAUGUCCUAUGACCGAUACCUGGCCAUCUGUCAUCCUCUGCAGUAUCACACACAAAUGACGUACGGUAGAGUGGUUCAGUUCACUGCGGUGACGUGGCUGUUUCCUUUCCUCUCAGUAGUUAUUGUGAUAUCGCUGAGUUCACCUUUACAUCUGUGUGGAAACAUCAUUGAUAAAAUCUACUGUAAUAAUUAUUCUAUCGUUAAACUGUCCUGUUCUGACACCACAGUCAAUAACAUCUAUGGACUCAUGAAUCUGUUCAUUACCAUAUGUGUUCCUGUCAUGUUAAUCCUCUACACCUACAUGAGGAUCCUUACAGUGUGUUUUUCUGGAUCUAAACAGACCAGACAUAAAGCUGUCAGUACCUGCACACCUCACCUGGCUUCAAUAUUAAACUUUGCCUUUGGUUGUUGUUUUGAAAUCGUUCAGAGCAGGUUUAAUAUGAACCAUGUUCCACAUAUAUUGAGGAUAUUUUUAUCAGUGUACUUUAUAACCCUUCAACCAAUAUUUAACCCUCUGGUUUUUGGACUGAAAAUGUCCAAAAUACGCCUCGUAUGUAGUAAUGUGCUCUGUGGUAAACGUCAUUUAGACUUAAUUUAG